AUGGACCUUCCGGCUACAAGUCGUCUGUACAAUGAAGCCCUCGCUGCUGCAAAAUUUGCUAACCAGCGCCUUGAAGCCCACACAAGGGUCGAUUAUACUGGAAGUUUGCGCCGCUUUGUUGAGUUCUGCAAGCAAGAGGGAUAUUCCAACCCCAUCCAGCAGCGCUUCGUUGAGCUUCCAGGUGUCGUUGCCGCAUAUAUCAAUCGCAUUGCCACGACAAACCCCAGCCAGUGGCCUGCGGAAAAGCUUCGAGCCGCUCUUUCAUGGCACUACACCAUGCCAGAAAUGCUUGUCGGCGGGCACCCUCACGAUCGCUGGGCCGUAGAAACGACGGCAGAUGGACAAGCCGUUCCUCGUGACAAUCCUGCACGGUCAGCCGCCAUCACACAGAUUUUGGCAAGCCUAAGUAAAGCAAAAAGACGUGAGAGGACUCCCAAGCGGGCUUCCCCGAUGUCGUUAUCGAUGCUGUCCAAAUUGAUAGCGUUUCUGCAAGAUAACACCAUGUUCAACAAGACGAUGCGCUUGUGGUUUUCCGCUGUGUGCUCACUGUGCUUUUCAUGGAAUGUGUCAAAUCAACUCCUGAUGAAGAAGGGCGACAUUCAAUUGGGGCUUCAACGCAAGUCGCGUAAGGAUGGCACUCUGAUCAGAUUUGGCUGUUUUACGAUACGCGACAGGAAGGCAGAUCACGACCUCUAG